UUCAACUUGUAUUUGACAAUCGGAAAUAGGUUAUGCUUAAAAUGUUAUAAGUAUAUAUUUUAUCCUAAAAGAAUUAAAAUAUAACUGAAAACAAUGGCUUUCAUGCCAGUACGUACGCACGUUAUGCGCUUAAUCGGACAAAGCGGACAGUAUUCAACGCUGCUGCAAAGGUCCAUGGCCUAUAAGAGUGCUAUUUCUUUGGAAACCCUAUAUCCUAACAGUUCUCUUAAGCUAACUACACCAGCCUUUACUCCAAAUCCGGAUGAAAAAUUCUCAGGAUAUAUACCGAUCGAUAAGUUGGAUAUCAAAUACAGCGCUAGCUCGGGGCCCGGCGGGCAAAAUGUGAACAAGGUCCAUACUAAAGUGGAUUUAAGAUUUAAAGUGGAUGAGGCAGACUGGAUUCCUAAAGAGAUUAGAGAAAAAAUGCUAGAGCUGCACGGUAAGAAGCUAUCUAAAGAAGGAUUCUUAAUUUUGCGCUCAGAUGUGACACGGUCACAACAGCUAAAUCUGGCAGACUGCCUUCAAAAACUCAGAAAUAUAAUAAGAGAAGCUGCAGUUACUAAGAAACAAGCUUCUCCAGAGACAGCGGAACGCAUCAGACAGAGGCAUUUAAAGGCGUCCCGGCUGCGUGUUGCUAUUAAACGUGAAGAUGCAUUGAAGCGCGCUCAGAGACAGCCGCCCACUGUCGUAGACUUAUGAUUUUUUUAUUAAAUUGGGCAUACAUUUAAAUACCAACUGGAUUCAAACGACAGAAUGAUUUCUACAAUAUUACUUUACUAUUGAUAUAGUUUUCACUUGUAAUAUAAACAAGUGAAACUGGUUACUAACAUAGUAAUAACAAAGAGAUAAACAUCUUACAAAAUUAUUCUGUCGGUUUUGUCGUUUACUAUGAAUUCAGCUUGGUAGAUACCAUUUUGAAGAGUUUUAUCAAAAUGGUGACAACAGUUUUUGUAAUUUAAAUGAUAUAUAGUGUGUAAACUUAAUUCAAUAAAAUAUACAAAUUUUACUGAAAGUAGUAUAUAAAAUGGUCAGAUCAAUGGUCAGAUUAUAAUGACUCGUUUAAAUUACAAUUACUGUUGGGUGUGCCCAAUUUAAAUUAUAAUAAGGAUUAGAUUGUAGACUUAUUAAUAAAAAUAAAUAAUUAAUUUUAGCUUU